GGUGGCAGUGAUGCAGCACUGAGGAUGACAGCUGCCGUUAAACCGCAAGAAGAAGAAGAAGAAGUACGUGUCGUCACACAUCCGGAAGUCAUGGUCAUUCAUUCCACCGGUUUCUUGAAGUUAUAUCGCAUCCCAUGGUAGCACUCUUUCCUGGACGCACAAGAGAUGUUGCUGCUGGUGCUGGGUGCCCUCCUCCUGCUCUUUUGCAGUCUGGAUGUAUGGUACUUCCUACGGGGGGCCCAGGUGUUCAUCCAGUCGUGGUUCCAACCCCGGAUAUGGGACAUUCUAGCUGAGCAAAGCAUUGAUGGCACGGUCCUUCCCCAUGAUUUGGACUACAUGGGCCACAUGAACAACUCCCGAUAUCUAAGGGAGUGUGACUUUGCCCGCUUCCACCAUUACAUGCGAAACGGGCUGUUCAUGGCCUCACACAAAAUGGGGGCUAAAAUGGUGGUAGGGGCCUCCACCAUCCGGUACCGGCGCUCCCUGGCCUUCCGUGAGGCUUUUGAGAUUCGGACCAAAGUAUUGGGAUGGGAUGAGAAGGCGUUUUACUUGGAGCAGCGCUUUGUGUCCAAGAGAGAUGGUUUUGUCUCUGCGGUUAUGCUCUGCAGGCAGAAUGUGGUGCGCUGCAGCCCAGAGAGCAUUAUAGAGUUUGUCUGCAAAAGGAAGAUCGAGUGCCCUGAGUUUCCUGAGGACCUCAAACACUGGAUUAGCUUCAUCUCAGCCAGCAGCCAGGCCCUGAGAGCAGAGAGUGGACUGGAAGAGAAGAAUAAGUGAAGCCACACCAUGUAUCAUGAGUGUAGACCCACAUAUCAUUUGCAUUGCACGCACAUAUACAGUAUACAUACUUGCACACCAACAGUUAAAUAUCGUAGAGAGUUUUUAGUUGACUUACAAGAUUCCAUUUAUCUCUGUUUUUGGGUCGAUCCUACCUGCUGUGUAUUUUUGUAUGAUGUGAUCAGAAAUACUGAAUUUCAGACAGCUGAAUAUGAAAACUUGAACUAUAAGGUAUUCCAUUUUUUUUAAAUGUGCUACAUGCUUUGGGAUCAUAUUCAAAGUUGUUCUCUCAGAAGGAACUAAUACAAGAUCGUAGCUUUGUCCUCGCAGCUUAUUCAGCAUUGACUGAUUAGACAGGCUUUAGACACAUUCUCAUUUAGCAAAAUCCUCUAACUUCAGAUAAGCAUGUAGAGCAAAAGUUAAUCUUCCACUGACAUCGAUGCAUGUUUUAAAACAAACACAAGAAUGUUUUGUGCCUGUUUCUCAUGGUUAACCGUAGUUUGCACUUUCAGAUAAUUAUAAAUUUUUACAUGAUGAUGAAAUACUUGAAUGGACAUCAUGAACAGCAUUUUGCACAAAGUAACCCAAAUGAGGAGACUGAAUUCCUGUUAACAAUCUGAAAGGGAAUAUUUGAUUCUGAGGGAUUCUUUUAUCAAUACAGUAAUUUAUAAUACAUGCAUUUAAAGGGCGGGCUUCUGGAUUGGGAUUGCAUGUAAUAUUAAGAGAAAGUGCUCGAAUCCGGAUACACAGACAUAAUGAGCAAAUGCUAAUAUGGUUGCUGGCAAUUUUUAAAACCUGCAGCGCAACGAUAAUCACUGAUGUUGGGAUGAUUUAUUGACAGAGCCUUUUGAAAUCUGGAACCUUCCCUUUAAUGCAUCAAAGCUUUAGUUUGUGACCAAAGUAAUGUAUUGUUGUAUAUGAAGAGGAAACGAAAUCAAUUUAUAAAGAUGUAUAUGUCUAACCUGUUGUAAUUUAUGUUGACAACAAAAUCCUGUUUAAUUAAUUUUAAGUUUGUAGAUAUGGAUCAUCCUUUUAUUUUCCACAUAUAUUAUUUAUGAUGUAUUGAAAUGGAUUCAUGUACCAAACUUUAUUUAUUGUGUUUGUAAUGUAUUUAAAGGCAUUUUGAAUUAAAAAUGCAUUGGAAACUA